CGUUCAGGGCGCACGCCCCACCCCGCCGCACCGCGCCACGCCCCCUGCGUAGGGCUCACGCUCCGCCCACAUCUUCGACCUAGCGGCCCAUCCUGAGUGCCAGUCCUCAGCUAAUGCGAACCGAGAACAUGGCGAAACAGGUUAUCCAGUGCAAGGCUGCUAUUGCCUGGGAGGCUGGAAAACCUCUCUCCAUAGAGGAGGUAGAGGUGGCACCCCCAAAGGCUCAUGAAGUUCGAAUUAAGAUUAUUGCCUUUGCGAUUUGCCACACUGAUGCCUAUACCCUAAGUGGGGCUGAUCCUGAAGGGAAUUUUCCAGUGAUCUUGGGACACGAAGGUGCUGGAAUUGUAGAAAGUGUUGGUGACGGAGUUACUAACCUGAAGGCAGGUGAUACUGUCAUCCCACUUUACAUCCCUCAGUGUGGAGAAUGCAAAUUUUGUCUAAAUCCUAAAACAAACCUUUGCCAGAAGAUAAGAGUCACUCAAGGGAAAGGAUUAAUGCCAGAUGGCACUAGCCGAUUUACUUGCAAAGGAAAGACAAUUUUACAUUACAUGGGAACCAGCACAUUCUCUGAGUACACAGUUGUGGCUGAUAUCUCUGUUGCCAAAAUUGAUCCUUUAGCACCUUUGGAUAAAGUCUGCCUCCUUGGUUGUGGUGUUUCCACUGGUUAUGGUGCUGUUGUGAACACUGCCAAGGUGGAGCCUGGCUCUACUUGUGCCGUCUUUGGCCUGGGAGGAGUUGGACUGGCAGUUAUUAUGGGCUGUAAGGUGGCUGGUGCAUCCCGGAUCAUCGGUGUAGACAUCAAUAAAGAUAAAUUUGCAAAGGCCAAGGAGUUUGGAGCCUCUGAAUGUAUCAGCCCCCAGGAUUUCAGUAAACCCAUCCAGGAAGUGCUCAUUGAGAUGACUGAUGGGGGCGUGGACUAUUCCUUUGAGUGUAUUGGUAACGUGAAGGUCAUGAGAGCAGCACUGGAGGCCUGCCACAAAGGCUGGGGCGUCAGCGUGGUGGUUGGAGUAGCUGCUUCAGGUGAAGAAAUCGCCACUCGUCCAUUCCAGCUGGUAACAGGUCGCACAUGGAAAGGCACCGCCUUUGGAGGAUGGAAGAGUGUAGAAAGCGUCCCAAAGUUGGUGUCCGAAUAUAUGUCCAAAAAGAUAAAAGUUGAUGAAUUCGUGACUUACAAUCUGUCUUUUGACCAAAUUAACAAAGCCUUUGAACUGUUGCAUGCAGGAAUGAGCAUCCGAAGUGUUGUCAAGUUUUAAAUUCAAGAGAAAAAUAUGUCCAUCCUAAUACCUGAGUCAUGUGGUCUGAUUGGAUCAGCCAAACAAGUAGAGAGAAGCUCUUAACAAGUUCACAUCCUCUUAGACCUUUAGUAACCAACUCUAGGGAAUAAUGUUUUGUGUAUAAUUCAUAAACCUUCAAUCAAGGAUAAAGCUAAUAAAUCGGUUUUCUAGGCUCUUCACAUGAAUAAUUGCUAUCUCAUUAAGGAAUUUUUUUAACAUAAUAAAAGUAAUUUCUGCAUA